CGGUGAUGAUACUUUGCGGUACUUCGAGGAUUUCCUUGGCUCUGCCAAGAUAAUCGCCCAAUACCUUUGGUUUUGGGAGUUUUCUAAUCGUCUCUCGCGAGCCAGCGAGAACUCAUAGAAGUGUGAGAACUUGACAACGCAUAGCGGGUUUAUAGGGCUGAUUUUGGAAGCUAAACCCUAGCUAAGUUCUUGUCUCUCUUCCAGCAGAUUUUCCCUAGGGCACGGAGAGAAGAGAUUGUGAGCGGCGAUGAGCUUGUUCCAUCCCCGGUCACCGCUGCGCUCGCAGCGCCUGGAGGAGAGCAACAAGAAUGUGGAUUUGGGGGAUCCCGAAGUGGAGGAGGAGGACGACUCUGACGACGACGGUGAUGUCUUCAACAUCCCUCACAAGAAGCCAUCGCUGGAGGCUCUCAAGCGCUGGAGGAAAGCGACUUUGGUGCUCAAUGCUUCGAGACGGUUUCGGUAUACAUUGGAUUUGAAGCGCCAGGAGCAGCUACCGUCCGUGAAUCGCUUCCGGAUUGGCACGCACGCACUGAGGGCUGUCCAGAAAUUCAAGGACGCAGCUACAAAAGUAGAUCAUCCUCCUCCCAAAGGUUAUGGAGUUGGACCCGAGAAGCUUGUGCAGCUCGUGCAAGACAGAGAUAACGAUGGACUUCAGGCUCUCGGCGGUAUUACUGGGCUUGGAACGGCUUUGCACGUCAAUUUGGAAAAAGGCAUUGAACCCGAUGAGGAGAGUGUCCAGCAUCGGCGCGAGGCUUUUGGUGCCAACAGCUAUCCGACCAAGGCUGGGAAAUCAUUCUGGGUCUUUGUGUGGGAGGCUGCUCAAGAUACCACACUUAUAAUUUUGAUGGCUUGCGCUGUGGCAUCACUCGCGGCAGAAAUGAGCAGUGAUGUGAAAGAAGGAUGGUACGACGGGGCAAGUAUUGGCUUUGCUGUUCUGGUCGUCAUCUUUGUUACAGCAUUUAGCGACUACCGACAAUCGCUUCAGUUUCGGAGUCUGAGUCAGGAAAAAAGGAACAUACAAAUUCAGGUUGUUAGAGGGGGAAGAAGGUUUACGACUUCCAUUUUCGACUUGGUGGUCGGUGACAUUGUACCUCUAAAUAUUGGAGAUCAGGUGCCGGCGGAUGGGGUCCUUGUUUCUGGUCACUCUCUGUCGAUCGACGAGUCGAGUAUGACUGGUGAAAGCGAACCGGUUCAUGUAGAUGGAAAAAGUCCCUUCCUGCAUUCCGGCUGCAAAGUGGUCGACGGUUAUGGUUCUAUGCUGAUAACUGGUGUGGGAAUCAAUACCGAGUGGGGUCAAGUAAUGGCAACACUUGACGAUGACUCCAGCGAAGAAACGCCUUUACAGGUUCGCCUCAAUGGUAUUGCAACAUUUGUUGGUAAAAUUGGUCUCUCGGUGGCAGUGUUGGUUUUUGUCAUGCUGUUUGUACGGUAUUUUGUGACGGACUUCCGGCGGGCCGCUGGUCCAGAUAGGAGGUCAAAAGUUGUCUUCAGGAACAUUGUGGACAUUCUUUCUAUUGCGGUUACCAUCGUUGUGGUUGCUGUUCCAGAAGGAUUGCCGCUUGCAGUAACACUAACCCUUGCUUACUCUAUGAAGAAAAUGAUGGCUGAUAAGUCCCUGGUCCGUCAUUUGGCUGCCUGCGAAACAAUGGGAUCUGCAACGACUAUCUGCAGUGAUAAGACCGGAACCCUGACCUUGAACCAGAUGACUGUUGUCCAAACUUGGAUUGGUGGAGGGUCUUUGGAAGCAGAAGCAGCGAAUUCUGUCGGCGGAGAGAUAUCAAAGUGCAUUAUAGAAGGCAUUGCUGAAAACUCCAGCGGGAGCGUUUUUGUUCCAAAGGAUGGAGGCGAUCCGGAAGUCACAGGUAGUCCAACCGAAAAGGCCAUUCUUGGCUGGGGAUUAAAAGCUGGCAUGAAUUUUGAGGAAGUGAGGUCUUCAAAUACUGUAAUGCAUGUGGAAACGUUCAAUUCGACGAAGAAGCGCGCUGGUGUUGCAUUCAAGCGUAAAGAUGGAAAUGCCUAUGUUCACUGGAAAGGAGCCGCUGAAAUUAUAUUGGACCUUUGCACCAAGUGGAUGGGUAGUGACGGGUCGGAGAACCAAUUGUCAGAAACAAAGAAAGUGGAGAUACAAAAUGCAAUCGGAGACAUGGCUUCGAGGAGCUUGCGUUGUGUUGCUCUUGCUUAUCGACCCAUCUCUGCCAACCAAAUACCAGAUGAAUCCGAGUGGGAGAGCUGGAAAAUUCCUGAAGACGAUCUUGUUCUACUUGGUAUCAUGGGUAUAAAAGAUCCAUGUAGGCCUGGUGUUGAUGGUGCUGUGCGCCUGUGUCAGAAGGCUGGAGUAAAGGUUCGCAUGGUUACUGGUGACAACCCGCUGACUGCAAGAGCAAUUGCUCAAGAGUGCGGUAUAUUGUCUCCUGGUGGUCUGGUAGUCGAAGGGAAAGACUUCCGCAGUUAUACUGAUGAGGAGAGGCUGGAACUUGUACCUAAGCUUGAAGUAAUGGCGAGGUCGUCACCAAUGGAUAAGCUGCUACUUGUGAAAACCCUUCGCAGCAUGAACGACGUUGUUGCAGUCACAGGAGACGGGACAAAUGACGCUCCAGCGUUGCACGAGGCUGAUAUCGGUCUUUCAAUGGGCAUCCAAGGGACCGAGGUGGCCAAAGAAAGCUCAGACAUUAUAAUUCUGGAUGACAACUUUGCAUCUGUUGUCAAGGUUGUACGCUGGGGUCGGUCCGUGUAUGCCAAUAUUCAGAAGUUUAUCCAGUUCCAGCUGACUGUAAAUGUAGUUGCGCUGGUUCUCAACGUCGUGGCCGCAGCAAAGUCGAGCCAGGUUCCUCUUACUGCUGUGCAGCUGCUUUGGGUAAAUCUUAUUAUGGAUACUUUGGGAGCGCUCGCUUUAGCCACUGAGCCACCUACAGACGACUUAAUGGAUAGGCCGCCCGUGGGACGCAGGGAGCCCCUUGUCACGAAUAUAAUGUGGAGAAAUAUUUUCGUACAGGCGAUUUACCAAUUAUCUGUUCUUUUCACGUUGUUUUUCGGCGGUUUGAAAAUCUUAAAACUCCAUGGACCAGACGGCAACCGCAAACUAAAUACCAUCAUCUUCAACUCGUUUGUUUUAUGCCAACUUUUCAACGAGGUCAAUUCGCGCAAGCCAGACAAGCUCAAUGUUUUCUCUGGCUUUUUCAGAAACCCGUUGUUCUGUGGGGUUGUGUCCGUGACUGCUGUGCUCCAGGUUAUUAUAGUCUUCUUCCUGGGAAAGUUUUUUAAGACAACGCGCUUGGGCUGGAACCAUUGGGUGCUCUCGAUCGUCGUCGGCUUUCUGAGUCUUGUGGUUGGAUUUUUCGGGAAGCUCAUUCCAGUACCGAAGAAGCCGAUCAUCACAACACACAAGGUUAAGAAGAAGCGAGCGCGGUCCAGUAAAGGAUCGAAGAAGCCCCACGAUCAAGAGGAUGGACACGAGCUAGUCGAGAGAAAUGCUUCCAACGAAGUAUGACACGAUCCAUUCCACUGCUUUUUAUCUCUUUCGUUCUUAAAUUUUGUUGUUCCACUAAAGGGUAAGCUGUGAAGAAAACAUAUUCUAGUUUAAGCACGAGUAUCUUCUUAUCC